GACGGCUUGAAGCUUGAAGGGCAAGUUAUAACUGACAAUCCCGCCGGAACCACAAGAGAAAUCGAUACGGGUGCUACUGUUUAGUUACCACCAUGUCCGAACCGCCGACUCAGAGUCAUGAUGCACCUUGCCAUCUGUUCUCUUCAGAACCGCAGGCGGCGCCUGAAGUUGGUAGUAGUUCCUCGACCAUUGACAGCGCGACACGGACACCACAGCCGGUCAAGACAGUCGCACGCUGGAUAGUCGCGGGCCUGGUUAUCACGUUCGAGGAGGGCCUGGCAUGGGCCAACCGACUGCGCGCCGCGCGAGGAGAUGAGCCCCUCCAGGACAUCCGAGGCGACCACUGGUCGGUUCUCAUGGAGCUCGACCAGAGAGUGCAGGAACUCCAUGGAUAUGGAGCGAUGUACUGGGGACGUGGGACGGGGGACCCAUUGAAGCGCUCGCAAAUGAUUAUUAUGACGAGAUACGACGCAGGGCAGGUGCCGCUCGUCAAUGGGAAAGCAACCCUCACGCCGGAGCAGGCGAAGUCUGGUCCAAUCGAAAGCAUGGCUGCAGAGACGCUGAAGGAACAGGAACGUGAGUGCGAUCCUACUUUACUCUCUGUAUGA